AUGUCCGAACCCGCGGAGGCUCCAACCUUUAAUAAAGACCAGUUGUCAAAAUAUUUCGACCAUGUUCAACUCCCUCAAAAGUAUAGACGGGAUGAUGUCCCUCGCGACCUGUCCCUUUUAACGGCAUUGCACAUCCACCAGAUCGCUGCAGUACCAUACGAAAACCUCUCUAUACAUUAUUCACAGCACAAGACCGUCGACCUGAACCCCCAAACUCUGUUCACAAAAUUUGUCGAAAAUGGGCGCAAUCGUGGUGGGUAUUGCAUGGAAGGAUCUCUCUUCUUCCUGCAUGUCCUUCGCAGUCUUGGCUUCGAAGCCUACCCAACCGGAGUAAGAAUCCGGCUCCGGGAGAAUGGAGUACCAAAGGGCGACUACGUCGGCAUGACACACAUGGCCCUCAUUAUUGAGUUGAAAGGAGAAGAGUGCGACAAAUACGUUUGCGACGUGGCUUUUGGAGGCGACGGACCGACUGCGCCGAUGCCCUUGAAGGCCGGCCCGAUCUCGAAAAACCUCGGGACGCAGGAAAUCCGGUUUGCCCGUGAGCGUGUUCCGGGCUCAAAGAGGCAGGAAUUUUGGGUAUAUCAGUAUCGUAACUCAGCUGCGAAACCCUGGAACUCAUUUUACGUUUUCAACGACACGGAGUUCCUCGAGGUUGAUUUCAACGUGGUCAACUAUUUCACCAGUCAGGCGGGAACGUUCCAGAACUUUACUAUCAUGAUUGUCAAAUUCCUGCUAGGGAAAGACGAAGACACUGGUGAGGGUAAAAUAAUUGGCAAGGUUAUGCUGGUAAACGGCGUUGUGAAAAGAAACACGGGCGGUAAGACGGAGGUUGUCCAAGUGUGCUCCACAGAACCUGAAAGGAUCGACGCCCUGAAGACUUGGUUUGGAAUUACCUUGACGGAUGAAGAAGUUUCCGGAAUCAAGGGCUCUGCAACCGAAUUGAAAGAUGUGGAAGUCAUAGUUGCUUGA